GGAUUUUAAACACUGGUGUCAUGCUGGUGGCAGAGACCAACCUGAGGGAGCAGAUUAGGGUACAUGGGACCAGGAUGGGUUUCUGGGCCAAGCUGCAAUCCACUGGGUGGGUGUUUCCCACCGCAGUUCUGUCGCUGUACGGGUUCUUCGCCAACUGCCGACCAGCUGAGCCCUUCCUGACACCAUAUCUUAUUGGACCAUACAAGAACAUCUCAGAGGAAGUGGUGACCAACUUCCUGUUCCCCAUUUGGACUUAUUCCUACUUGGCCGUCCUCUUCCCUGUCUUCCUAUUGACAGACUUCCUGAGGUACAAGCCUGUUAUCGUAGUCCAGGGCUUGUUCCUGGUCACCAACUAUGCCUUGCUGUGCUUUGCUCCCGGACUGGUCGCCAUGACCUUCCUGCAGUUUAACUACGCUGUGGUGACCUCGACAGAGGUGGCCUACUUCUCCUACAUCUACAGUAUGAUCCCUCCAGAGAGGUACCAGCGGGCCACUGGCUACCUCCGCGGUGCCAUGCUGGCAGGCUACACCACUGGGGCCACACUCGGCCAGCUGCUGGUCUCCCUGGCAGGGCUGAACUACUUUUACCUCAACGCCAUCUCCCUGGGGACUGUCAGUUUAGGGUUCCUCAUCUCCGUCUGGUUGCCCAUGCCCCAGCGGGGAGUGUUCUUCAGGGGGGACCAGGCUGGGCCUGACCCGGGUGCCGAGAGCAGCAGCGCCUGGUGCUGCCCAGAUAAUGUGGACUAUGCCAGCAGGCUGCUUUGGAGGAGUUUCAGAGAGUCCUACUCAUCCAGGGAACUGGUCUGCUGGUCCCUGUGGUGGGCUCUAGCCACGGCGGGCUACGGCCAAGUCUUCAACUAUGUCCAGCUGAUGUGGGACCACAUUGAGCCAUCCAGCUCCUCUUCUGUAUACAAUGGAGGGGUAGAGGCCGUCUGCACCUUAGUUGGUGCAGCCGCUGCCUUCUCUGUGGGUCACUUGAAGGUGACCUGGGACGUCUGGGGGGAGCUGUCACUAGGGUUGUUCUCUGCUGUGGGGUCAGGGGCCGUGUUUCUGACUGGGCUCACCGGCAACAUCUGGGCCAGCUAUGCCGGCUACGUCAUCUUCAAGGCCUGCUACAUGCUGCUGAUAACCAUCACCACAUUCCAGAUUGCGUCCAAUCUGUCCAUUGCGUGCUACGCUCUAACUUUUGGAAUCAACACAUUCGUCGCCCUCCUGCUGCAGACCAUUCUCACAGCCAUCAUUGUUGAUGAAACGGCACUGGGGCUCGACAUUGUCACACAGUUUAUCAUCUACGGCAGCUACUAUGCAGCCAUAUCUGUUCUUUUCCUAAUCCGAGGAAUGUACACAGCCUGUGCCCACUACUCUGCAGCGGACCAGGAGCUGGAACAACAACCCAAAGUGGAAGAGCUUUCCUCAGAACAUUUCUGACCACAGACUAUAAACAGACACUGACAGGUAAAACUCUGAACAGGGGUUUACACUGAAAAAGGUUUCUAAUGUCAUGCGUUUUCUGCAUAUUUUUUAUAUAUAAUAAAUGUUGCAUUGUUGUUGUUCUCUGUAACCCAUCCAAUGCAUGUGGGAGGGGUUUAGUGUGUUAACGGUUGUUUAUGCAUUGCACAAUGUUUAGACAGAUAGAGCUCAGCAAUGGGCCAUUUUAAAGCAAUGGUCCUAUAAUGAUUAUUAAAUGUUUACCC